GUCCCCACUUCUCCUCACAUAGUCCAACACUUAUAAAUACCACUAAAUAUUAAGAAGAAAAAAACAUCCCAAGUAUUUUUUACAACUUUGUUCUUCUUACAAAAGUAAUUUACACCGUCACUCAAAUUAUCACCCAAAAACAUCAUGGCUGAAGAGAAGAAACACCACUUUGGUGGUCUCUUCCACCACCACAAGGACAAGGAGGAAGACACCCCCGUCGAGAAAACUACCUAUGGUGAAACAACCUAUGGAGAUAGUGAAAAAACUAGCUCUGGUGGUGAUAAUACAUAUGGCGAAAAAACUAGUGCCUAUGGAGAUAAUACAUAUGGAGAAAAAACUAGCACCUAUGGAGAUAACACUACAUAUGGUGAGAAAACUAGUUAUGGUGAUAAUACAUAUGGUGAAAAAACUAGCACCUACGGAGGAGAUAACACGUAUGGAGGUGAGAAAACUAGUUAUAGUGAUAAUACAUAUGGCGAAAAACCUAGCACCUACGGAGGAGAUAACACGUAUGGAGGUGAGAAAACUAGCUAUGGUGGAGGAGAUACGUAUGGAGAUAACAAAUAUGGUGAGAAAACCAGCACCUAUGGUGAGAAUACAUAUGGAGAGAAAACUAGUUAUGGUGGAACUGAGGAAGGUGGCUAUGGUGGAGGAGCUGCUGCCUAUUCAUCUGAGACUACUAAUUAUGAAGACACCACUGAAACCAAAACUGCUGAGGAUUAUAAGGAAGAGAAAAAACACCACAAGCAUCUUGAACAUGUCGGAGAACUCGGUGCCGUUGCCGCUGGCGCCUUUGCUUUGCAUGAGAAGCACAAGAUAGAGAAGGACCCAGAGAACGCACACAGGCACAAGAUAGAGGAAGGAAUAGCAGCAGCAGCCGCAAUUGGGUCAGGUGGAUUUGCAUUCCAUGAGCAUCAUGAGAAAAAGGAAGCAAAGGAAGAACAAGAGGAAGCUGAGGGAAAGAAGAAACAUCAUUUCUUCUAAUUUUCUCUCAUCAUAGCAUUUCUUUUCUUCCAAAAUAUAUGAUGUUAUGAGCUUUGUGUGCUUGCUCUAUCCUUGUUUGUUAUAUUGAGCACCUAAAUAAUGUGUAUGUGCGUUACAGUCUUGUGUUUGAUCAUGUAAGCGUUACUGGUAAAUUUGCCGUUUUAAGUCAUGUACAUGCAUGUUCUGCACUUUGGAGUGCGAAUAAAAUUAUACCUGUUAUAAAUA